AUUGUAUUGUCGAAUCUGAGGUAUUGCUGUUAUUGGUUAUUAUUGAUUUAUUUUACAGGGAAAAAAGUCCAAACAAAGAUAAGAUUGUUAAGACAAACUCAUUUUCUUCAACAGCUCUCGAAAUUGGCAAAGUGACAUUAAGUAUUCUGGUUGCUGCCGGGAUAAUGCUUCCAAUUGGAACCAGUGUUGCUUUAAAACUAUGGUACAUGUAUAAAAGAGAAAAAAGUAAAAUGGCAGACAUUAAAUUCUGUUGGAAAACUGUCAAUGAAUUAUCAAAGUUUAAAAUUUUACAAGAAACACUGAAGCAGAAAUCCAUUGUAGUUUUAAAAGGAAGAUAUGGAACAGGUAAAACUACAAUUGCCAAAUGUUUACAACUGCCUUUUUGCAAAGACAGAUGCCGUAUUGUCCAUAUUAAAGAAAAAAGUUAAACAAAUUAGGCCAAAAACCAAACUAUAUCAUCACUGAUUCAUCUGGAAAUAAAAUGUCCUUCGAUAGUGCCAUACUUCCGAAUUUUAUUGAUAUUAAGAAAACAAAACUUGUAUUUGAGGUAGAUCAUGAUACGCCCAAUCUUACUGAUUUCUUAAAGAAAAUCGUAAACAAUCCACAAGAAAUAAUAUGGGACCUAGGUGGAAAGGAUUUUUACACCACUGAAGAUAAAAGCAAUAUUCUUACACUACAAAUGAACAAAUAUGAUGUCUCCAUUGAAGAUAAUUCAAAUAUGUGCCAAUCAACGACCGAUUCUGAAACCAUGACAAUCAAACAAUCAAUAUUUACCGAUUUACUGAGAGAAAACCCUUUUCUAGGAUUCCCAUUGAUGUGUGCUGAUAUUUGUAGUCAUAAAGAUCAUUUACACCUUGGGUUGCAAUAUGUUAGACAACCACCAGAUAAUUUGGUUUUAAAGCUUGAUAAGUUGAGAAAUGAAGGGACAUCUGAUGAAUGUUGUGCAAUACAGUACUGUUUACUUGUCUCUGUGUUGCUAAGCUAUGACCAGGAACUUUCCUUAGAUGAUAUAAUUGAGAAGUCGUUCAGUAAGAUAAUGCAAACAAUCUAUCCAGAUAAAUGGCAGCCGUAUCAAACAGAGAAGACAAGAGACAUGGCAUCUUAUUUAAUGCCCGAAUAUAUCACAAUUGAAAGCAAUUCUACAUUGAAAUUUUCGCAUGUCUCAAUUAACCUGGCGGUUAUGAUUUCCCUUGGCAGAAAACACCCGUUAACUGUUUUACGCGGGUGCAAAGUUCGUGACAUAAUUUAUUUUAUUAGACCAAACAACUAUCAACAGCUAGAAGAUGAAAUUGUUUUACUGGCGGAUUACUUGGACGAUACUUUUGUUAUGCGUUUAACCGAUUCCAUAAUGUCGGAAUCUGUUCAUGCAGAAGAGAUCACAAAACAACUGACCAUUUUUACAGAUAUGUAUAAAGAAACAAGUCUUUGACUGAAGAUUGUAAAUGUUACAAAAAACAAAAAAGAAGAGUAUAAAUUUCCCUUCAGGUUGACAUUUUUUGCUCACGUUGCUGUAUUUGCACAUGUUUUUUCGACAACAUGUAAUAGCGAACUUCGUGCAUACAUUUUAGCAUGGGUAUAUGUAGUUCAUAAAACAGAUGAAAUUGAAGACAACCUAAGCAUUUUAACAAAACAAAUACUUGAGUACGACAGUCUUGAAAAUAUUUUACUCACAGCCAUUGACCAACAUGAUAAUACAUUACUUCACUAUUUUGUAAUUUGGGACGGAAAGGCCGAGAAGAGUAUUAUAUCCAGCAUCUCAAAUUUCGAAAAAGGACUAAUAAAAGAGGAGGAUAUUGCCAGAAUGUGUAAAUCUUCAAAGCUACAAAACAAAUCAAAACAUACGCCAUUACACUUUGCUGCAUUUUUUGGCCGUCACGAUCUUUUUACGAAUUUAAUUAAGAUAAUUAAAUGCAAGAAUGCGAGAUUUAUAUUUUCUUUUAAAAGUGAAAACACAAAUUUGGAGAAUCUUAUAAACUCAGGCAGAUGUUAUGUUUCAAAAUCUGUUAAGGAACAUAAUACAGAUAAUAAAGAAAGGAAAGUUCUUUUUGAAACUUGGUUAAUACCUUUAAGGACAUCAAUCAACUUUGGCAAAAGUGACGAGUAUGAUGAGAUUAAAGCUUUUAUGGAUAAGUCUAAGAAAUAUGCAUGAAAAACAAGUCCAUAAAAUUAAUUUUCCUAAUUGAAACAAUUUAUCAAACUUUUGAUGUAUAGAACUCAUUUCAAUUGCAGUGAUGCGUGUAGUCUGUAUGAAAUUCGAUUUAAGGCUGAUGACUCUAGAUAUUAUGAUCUUAUAACAGUAUAUAUGAUAAACAAUUUUAUGUUCAUUUCUGAAAAACGUUAGUCAUCAUUCUUGUGCUCAUACUCAUGAUCAUGAUCAUCUUCAUCGUCAUCGUCAUCAUCAUAGUCAUUUUCAUCAUCAUCGUAAUCAUCAUCAACAUCUUCAUCGUCAUCAUCAUCGUCGUCGUAGUCAUCUUCGUCAUCAUCAUCGUCGUCAUCAUUGUCAUCAUCGUCAUCAUCGUCAUCAUCAUCAUCAUCAUCAUCAUCAUCAUCGUCAUCGUCAUCGUCAUCGUCAUCGUCAUCGUUGUCAUCAUUAUUGUGGUUGUUUCUGUUUCAAUUUUACAAUAAGAUAGAACAACGAAAGACAAACAACAGUCUACCUAACACGAUAUGGAAAACUGAAAAAUGAUAAAAACUCAGACUCCAGAUGUUCCAUACGUUUCAUUUGUGACACAGACUAUCAUAACCAAAUCAUGGUGGCAUCCAUUAAACUAUAAAUGACUUCAACUUUACCACUUAAAAACCAUUUCGAUAGUUCCUUGUUAAAAGAAACCUCUAUCUAGGAAAUCAAGAAAGGAAACGUACAUAUUAAUUUACAAUAUCGACAAUUGACUUUUACAAUUGGCGCAGAAUACAUAAUUAAACAAAAAUAAUAUACUCCACUAAUCAAUCGAUUUUAGCGUUACUUGAUCAAAUGCAUUGAAAUAUAAUGAUAGGAAGCAUACACAAACACAUUUUAUAUGAAUUUUCAUCAAAUUUGUUAUAAUAGUAUAUACAUGAUUUCUACUAUCAAUCAAAAAUGUAACUUCCAUUUUUAAUCAAAGACUCUAACAGUAGAUAUACGUCUUAACGGUUAAACGAGGUAAAGAAAACCGUCGUUCUUUUUCGUUUACUUUGUAUUCAUGUAUUUUUAUUCCCUCCGUAAAAAUUAUUUCCAAAAAGAUUUUUAAGGGAAAAGUCAUGUAUUAUCAGGUAAGGGGUCGGGGUUUUUUGAGGGGAUACUGAAGAACAUAUCAUAGCACUGGGAUUGAGGGUAGAUGACAUUUCUAAGAUUAUUUAAAAUGUUUUUUGUUUUUGCCAUAAUUGUUAGUCACUUUGGAUUUAAAAUUUGGCGGAGACGUCGUUUAACUUUUUUAAGCGUUGGAAAGUGAUUUCUCCUCAAAAUACGAGAGGGCAAUUCGGGAACUUACUUUCAUGUACAUUUAUUUUUAGGUUUCCCUACAAUAAGCUUAGUGACCAAUUCUGGUAAUGUUUAUAUUUAAAAUUCAUGAUGAAAGCCAACAUAUAAAAAUAUUAGAAAUUAUCAAUACAUUCAUAGUGUAAAACUACCUAAUAAAGGCAGGCAAAUCCUACUCUGUUAGAAUGAAAUACAAAAAUUAAAUAAAUUUUGAAGUGCAUAUCUACCGCUGACAUGUAACUAGAUGCUUUGCUAAUAUACAUUCAUCAAAGCUUCUAUAUAAAACCAAUAGGCUAUUUAUCGCUAAAAUAACCUUUUUCACAAAAUCUUAAAGAAGUAAGAAGACUAACGAAACUCAAAAUUUGGAACCCAUUUUUUCUUGCAAGCAUGCAUUUUUUUAAGUAGUUACCAUGUUCUGCAAGCUAUCACCAAAUCACAAAAGUGACACUUCAUUUUGAACUGCAUCGGCACCCAUUAAUUUGAGGGUCAAUCAAUUACAGGAUUUUCAAUCAGACAAAUAUAUUCAUUUCUUAUAAUACAACAGUAAGUUUGUAAUCAAAAACUGUACUGUACAAAUCAUAUGGUUUUUUUUUAGGUCUUGUUUAAAACAUAUAUUUUGAUCUUAGUAUAACCAAGUACUUACAAUUGUAACAAUAUAGUAAAAAGGAAGUGUUCCGCUCAUUUUAACAUAUUGUUCUGAUAUUUGUCAUAUUAUUGUGCAAUAAAUAGCUAUAUAUG